AUGAGAUACAUUGCCAUCGGGACGAAAAUUCUCGAAAACCACAUAGAAUUUAUACCUAAAAAACGAUCGGCUGAAAAACGCGACACAGUCUAUUCCAAAAUCAGAAAUUUAUUUGACAACCUCAAACUAGACUGGUCCAGUUGCACACCCAAGGUGGAAGUCUUUCAUGGCCAAUUCCGCACGCUACACUUGAUGGAAAUGCAGCCUGGCAUCCAGCUGCUUCUGGCCGCUCUAAGAUAUUUCCCACGCCUAUCCUUGGAUUCCCCCCUACUAGGCGAUGAUGGCGAGCACAUAGCUGCCAUCAUCGAUGAGACAUAUGUGGGCUUGCUAUGCAGGCAAGCGCGAGAGCUUGGCUUUGACAAUGAGAAGAUAAGGAAAGGGUGCCAGGUACCCAUCGAGGAUAUUGAAGGACUAUGCGAGGCACCAGACUCUACCCUUGUACCAAGGUCUCGCUUAUUCCAGCAAUCCUCUGCGGACUGGAGAGGCGGAAAACCGACUACCGAGGUCUUCAAGGCCUUAAAGCGGACUGCCUUUUUACCAAAUAUUAGUGCUAAAUUUCCCCGGUCAGAUCGACCGGAUUUUCUGUGUAUUCUCAGUGAUAUCUUGAAGGCAUUUUUCAAAUUUAGGAGCCUUGAUCUCGACAGAAUUGAUGGCGAUCAAACUGAAAGCGUCGACCUAAUAAUGUCGACUCCUCCUCCUGCGGCCUGGGUCCUCCAGGGAACCGCUGCGAAGUUGCAACAAAGAAAGGCAAAGAAACAAAAGAUACAACAAGAAGUCAAGGCGUCACAUAAUAGCGACCGGACCACUUCGACUCCCAGGCAUCGGCGAAAUAACAAGGCCAUCGUGGAAGCUCGAAGACAGAGACACCGCAACAAGGACGACAAGCCGCUACCGACCGCACAACCGAACAUGGUACGAAAGAAAAAAACAUCGACUGAGGCCGUCAGUGAGUCAGUAGUAACGGGUAAAACACCAACGAAGAAGCUUCAGGCAUUUAUGAUAACGCGCAAAGGGCGGAAGACGAAGCUGGCCAAGACUCCAAAGGGCAUUAUGGCAAUACUACGACAGGAGAACCGUGCACCACCCAGUCCUAGGCAGCAGGCGCCAAGUGAGCCAGGAGCUACGAGGGUCCAUCAAGAUAACAUCGUAACCGAUUUUCAUUCUCCAAAUGACGCUACGCAGUUUGAUACACCAGAUUUCGAUGUUCCAUUCUGUGAUCCAGAUGUCACAGAAAUGGAUUUGGCACCGGGAUUGGAGGCUGCGGUGUCCGAGGCACCGGGAGCGCUCUUGGCAUCUGAUACAGCAGCUAAUUUAUUGCCCGAACAAGCUGAGCUUGCCAACUUUGAACCUGACAUUCCUCCACGAGCAUCUACCGCCACUUACUUGACGAUGGAUAUCGGUGUUGGGACGGGCGACCUUGGGGGACGUCAUGAAGCUAGACAGCUCACACCAGAAGAGCAACCUCAUAACGAGGCGGGUAGCUCUGACCGAAAGCAACUGGAACGACGGCCUGGGCCGAGUAUACCCAGUGAACCUUCCGGAAUAAACGAACAGCUCCUGACGCUUCUGAAUGAAAUGACAUCGCAUUCUCAGACUAGAGUUGAAGACGGAAGGGUGCUGCAUGAUUACUCCCAGUUCUCGGACCCUUCUGAAGAUGAGAUUCCCGCGCUACCAGAUAUGACAGAUGGCGAGCGUCGCUCACCUCCACUAGAUGCAUACAUCGACGACGAAAUUAGCUAG